AUGGAUGACUUCAGUGACUUAAACAGAUCAGCGGACGAGAAUGAAGAGUAUUCCACGGAAAGCGACUUGAAUGAGAAGGAAAAUGAUGUGGAGAAGGAGCCGAUGAGUGAAGUGGAGAGGGAGGCGAUAAGUGACGUGGAGAAGGAUGAGAUAAGUGAUGUGGAGAAGGAGGAGAUAAGUGACGUGGACAAUGCCUUAAAGGACGAGCAAAAGGAAGCCACAAGUGACGCAGAAAGGGAAUUACUGCACGAUGUCGAAGAGGAUGGAUUACAAGAUACAGCGGAGAAAGAUUUACACAACGCUGAAGAGGACAGCUUACACAACGGUGAUGAGGACAGCUUACAGGACGCUGAAGAGGGAGCCUUAGACAAUGCCCAAGGGGACGACUUAGACGACGUCAAAAGCACCAACGAAGGGGAUGUCGAACAGGCUGCGUCACAUACGGGUGUGAUGAACGACCCUGUCGUAAGCGGCGUUGUCCACCAAAGUGGAGAUCACGACCACAGUGACUACGAAGGAGACAGCCACCCGCAUGAAGAUGACCAACCCGGGGAGGACCCGGAUGAACCAAACCACCUCUUUCAAGACCCACAAGAAAGCGGUUCCAGCGAAGACACACACAAGAAGGAGGAUGAUUACUCUCACACUGUGAAUGCACCUGCCCAAAACAAAGAAGAGUUCAAUGAAAGCAACAACGAAACAAAUAACCACCCCAGUAAUGGUGAGGGCAAAAAUGACCAGAUCAAUAAUAACCCCCUGGACUCCAUGGAUCCCAUCGAAUUUGACAAAAAAAGAUAUGACCACUUUUUAAUACACCCAUGGAAUCAGAAAAACAUGAGCUUAUGUGAAGGCAUUAAUAAAAAGCUUACCUUCCCUUCUUUGUCUUCUACAGAUUUACCUAUUCCUGGAAUGGAGAAAGAAAGCACCACCAUGUAUCAUUUCAAUCCUGAAAAGCUCGGGUACAAAUAUAAUAACGGCUUGAAUCCUUCUGAGGGCUACUUGCUGAUUUACCCCCACGUGUCGCACAACUCGGUGCCUCCAAAAAUUAAGAAAAAAAAGUUGCGCUGUUGUUAA